ACGGCCACGACGCGCACGAUCUGCCUGCAUACACUUAGAAAAAUGCGCCAGUAGGUUUGUGCGCCUCAUACCCCGGAUAAUCAAAUUACAUUCGAUUUUCACACUUUACGGCGAGCGAUUGCAUCGUUUUUGUUCCAGCGGUGGUAUGAUCUGUUAACUAUAUAUUCACCGUUAUUCACCGUGUCGGCGCGCACUGACGCGCUCCGGAUCUGAGAGAGACACCGAAUCAAACGGGGGAAAAAAUCAUUAGAAGAAGAUCCGUCGAGGAGAAAGGAAAAGGUUUCCACAUGGUUAUGAUGUGUAUGAAUCAUUAGAAGAGGAUCCGGAUGAUGCGAUGGAUGCAUGAGAGGAGAACGUAAGCAAGGCCAGUGCUGACUGUGAUGAUUCUGAGCAGAAGACUCCUGUAGCAGCAUCCAGUGCUGUUGACAACUGCGUGGAUUACACUUUGAUGCCACAAGAUACCUGAUUCCACAAGUUAAUCGUAAAAAAAGAAAGGGGCAGGACAUGACUCAGUUGCCAUGCAGGCUGCUAUUGUAACAGGCUUUUUCAGCCCCUCCCCCCUCAUCUGGUUGGUCCAACUUUUGUUGUGGCCACACCUCCUUGGACCUAGAUUGGCCGAAGCCAGUCCCACCUGCCCUGCUCCCUGUAGCUGUUCCAAUCAAGCCAGUCGAGUGAUCUGUACCAGAAAAGGCUUAAAUGAAGUUCCACAGAGUAUCUCGUCCAAUACUCGAUACCUCAACCUCCAGGAGAACUCCAUACAGGUGAUCAGGUCAGAUACCUUCAAGCACCUAAAUCAUCUGGAAAUCUUACAGUUGUCCAAGAACCAGAUUCGUCAGAUAGAAGUGGGAGCUUUCAAUGGCCUUCCCAAUCUUAUCACCCUGGAGCUUUUUGACAACAGACUACCACUGGUACCAUCACAGGCAUUUGAGUACCUGAGCAAGCUGCGUGAACUCUGGCUAAGGAACAACCCCAUAGAGACACUCCCAGCGUACGCCUUCCACCGUGUGCCAUCACUGCGACGCUUAGACCUUGGCGAGCUGCGCAAACUCAGUUUCAUCUCGGAGGCUGCAUUCGAAGGGUUGCUGAACCUACGUUUCCUGAAUCUGGGCAUGUGCGGGCUUAAGGAUGUACCCAACUUGACGCCUCUCGUGAGGCUAGAGGAACUGGAGCUGUCGGGAAACCAGCUGGGAGUGGUGCGUCCUGGAUCUUUCCAAGGUCUGGUGUCUCUACACAAACUGUGGCUCAUGCACUCUCGGAUCUCUGUCAUUGAGAGGAAUGCCUUCGAUGACCUCAAGAACCUGGAGGAGCUCAAUCUGUCUCAUAACUCUCUGCAUUCGCUGCCCCACGACCUCUUCACUACACUGCAGCAGUUAGAGCGUGUCCAUCUGAACCACAACCCUUGGGUUUGCAACUGUGAUGUUCUGUGGUUGAGCUGGUGGCUUAAAGAAACCAUACCUGAUAACUCCACUUGUUGUGCACGUUGCCAUGCCCCACCGGGUACUAAGGGCAGGUACAUUGGUGACCUCGACCAGCGAGACUUCACCUGCUACGCACCUGUGAUCGUGGAGCCACCCACCGACCUGAACGUGACGGAGGGAAUGGCAGCGGAGCUGAAAUGCCGCACUGGGACAUCCAUGACUUCCGUUAACUGGUUGACCCCCAACGGAACCUUGAUGACCCAUGGAGCGUACAAGGUCCGGAUCUCGGUCCUGCAUGAUGGAACCCUGAAUUUCACCAACGUGACCAUGCAAGACACUGGACCCUACACCUGUAUGGUCACUAACUCUGCUGGCAACACCACGGCGACCGCCGUGUUGAACGUCUCAGCAUCUGACCCAGGCAAUGGCUACAGCUACUUCACAACUGUUACCGUUGAAACUGUAGAGACUGGGCAAGAUGGCCACGAUUCGGCACGGCAGUUCGUCAACGAGACGUUUAUUAGUUUUCCAGGUCCGACGGCUGCAACUGCAUCGGUAGGUCCCACUGGCUCGAUGCUGUCCUCCUUGUCGCCUCGAGCCACGCGUGCACCUGAUCGCCCAUUCACGGUCUCCAUCACGGACGUCGCCAACCUGUCGGGUCUUGAGGACGUAAUGAAGACGACCAAGAUCAUCAUCGGCUGCUUUGUGGCCAUCACCUUCAUGGCGGCUGUGAUGUUGGUUGUCUUCUACAAGCUUCGCAAGCAGCACCAACUGCACAAACACCACGGCCCAGCUCGCGCCAUCGAGAUCAUCAACGUCGAGGAUGAGAUCGGAUCUACCGGUGGAGCUAGCGGCAUCACAGGAGGGAGCACCAUCCACACAGGAGCAGGAUCUGGUGGAGGAAGUGGACAGAGUCCGAGGAAUCAUGACCCUGAGAUCAUGACCCUACCGAGCGUUGGGCAAGCGGACCACCUGAACCACUACUACAAAGCGCACCACUUUAACAACAACGUGCUGGGCUUGAACAUGGCCUCUGGAAUGCUCAACAACAAACCCAACCCUUCCUCCCAUAACCAGGCUUCGACCAUGAAAAUGGGGACUUCCGGUGAUCCCUCCAACCCUGGCUCGACCUCACCUCCCCUGCCAAUUCCCAUCCCGAUGUCGAUGACCUUCCAUGGAACUCUGAAAGGCCUUAGUCACGUUCCCAACAUGCAGACUGAACCGCUGUUGCUAUCGAAUGGUUCCAAGGAGAGUGUUCAGGAGACCCAGAUCUGAUUACCCUCGCAUACACGUGCACACGCAGGAAGGGAAGUAGACUGGUUUUUACGCCAGUGUGACUGUCGAGUUUCUGCGGUCUUUGACUUUUGGAACUCCGUCCCUUUCCGACAGAUUCUAUGGAAUAUUCCGUUCGAUUAACAGAGAGACAGGCUUUUACUGAUGAAGUGGACAUGGCGCUGUUGAGUACAUACGUGCCAAAGCAAGCGUCUUUUUUGCAGUUCUUAUGAGUUGUGUCCGCGUAUAAAAAAAAUAUAGUCUAUAUUAAAGUAGUGUAAUUACUUAAGUGUUGGUUUGCCACAGUCCAGCGACACCGAGUACACACACCGAUGUACAGCAGCUAACAGAUCUGUAUAAAAGCAUACACACAUUUACACUUCCCGGAGGUUGACAUCAUUAUUCAUCGUACUCACCUCGGUAGGUAGUGUACCUGUGUGUGUGUGUGUGUGUGUGUGUGUGUAUGUGUGUGUGUGUGUAAGGGACAGUAUUAACUGAGACUAAUUCAAAAAUAAAGACUUAAACUGCUGUGAUCCAGAACACAUGCUCAUGUUCACUCUGCGUCAUGAUGACAUUCUGAAUCUAGCACAAGUGAGGAUCAGUUCAUAAGCUCAGAAAUCUGAACUCUAAAAGACACCAGUUUCAGGGUGACAUACACUUUCAUCAUACCUAGAGGAGAGAGCAGAGAGAAGAAGCCUUUCCAUGUGAACAAUAAGAGUACUUGGCUGCUGUCCUCAGCAAAGGUACCACAGUACCUGCCGCCGUAGUGCAAACUCUCUGUGCAUAUCUGCGUUCGAAGAGAUUUUGAGUGUCAUAUGUUUGUCUUUUCGCCUGAAUUGAAGAGUAACAGCAGUGUGUAAGGGCUAUUUCACUGGCAUUCGAUGUGUGCAGAACAUGUCUGGACUUAAAGUCAACAUGAAACGAAACAUUUAACUUCUGUAGUUUGAAACGGGAUAUUCAAUGGACGCAGGGCGGGACUUGACUUUAUUCAUCAGGAAUUGAUUGGAUUUUGAAAAGCGGGCAUACCAGAACGGAGUCAAGAGGGAUUUGUGACGGUAGCCGAACUGGAAAGUCAUUUCAGAGGCGGAGCAGGUUACAUUUUGAUAAAAGAUUCUGAAGAUAUUUUUUUUUUACUUGGCAUAAUGUGCAUAGAUGACUUGUGCACAAUAAGGAUUGUGUGUUAAUGAAAACGGCGUCCAUUUUGAGUUCAUGUUGACUUUAAAAUAAGCUGUAUUAAAGCUUUGAAAUAUACUGGGAUACGCAGCACAGGGGAUUUCGCCGACAUGAAAAAUUUUAGAUUUUUAACAGAGAGAGAAUGAAAGACAUUGUGAAAAUGUCCAGAUUUUUCUGAUGAAAGAUUUUGCAAUAUGACUAAUCUAAUGUAAUCUAAUGUAAAGAUUUUCAAGUAUACUGUUUAUAGACCAAAUCGCUGGGUUUGGGAAUCAGGGUUCAGGGAAUGGGAAUAAUACCGCAUUUGAGCCGCUUCAAAUUUAACGUUAGCCAUCCAUUUGGGGGAAAACUUGUAUGCCUCACUUUCAGAGAGUAUUUUCUUUGAAGAGAUUUGCGGACUAACAGGUCCUUCGUGGGAGCCAUACAACAACUGCUGACUACAUAAAGCGUUCUAUUCAUCCUUGAAUGGCUUUGAAGUUGUAUAAUAACAAUGUGCAAUGUGCCAUUAAUUGGAGUAGAUUACACAUGCGUGUAUUAUUGUAAUUGCUGCAUUAAACUUUAUUCGGUUUUUAAUUUCCAAUUCAUCAUCUUUUAUCAGAUUGUUGGUGUUAAAAUCGAUUCAUCCUUUUUCAAAUGCUGGGAACUUCCUUAAAUCAAACCGGGCAAUUGUUUUCUGCAUUCAUUUAUCACAGUUGAUUGAGGACACAAGUGCUAUACAUAGUUUUCCAUUAUAUCCCACCAGUCCUUCAAAUGUCUCCCUGCUAGUCUUCAUAAUGGAAUUAUAGGGCGAACUAUAUAUUUUUUUCUGCUGCUUUCAUUGCUUUCCAUAUUUCUCCCUACAGUAUGAAAGCUGAUUGUGUUUGAAUAUCCAGUGUAGUUGCUUAGCAACAACAUCAUUGCCAGGAAAUGCUCUUAAAAGCUUAUUGUAGCACCUGACCCUCAUCUGCUGAUGUGGAAUAUAGGUAGAUCAAAAUGACGUCAGUUUCACAUAAGUAAAAGGUUAGUUAAUGUGAGGAACGCAUCCUCCGUGCCUCGCUUUGUGUCCUCCACACCAGAAACGACUGAAACGGGCACAUCUUGAUGUGUACGUAUUUGUAUUGAUCUUGGAUCCAAUAUUUGAACAUUUUAGUCUAUUUAACGCUAGCAAUUUGAACGAUUUUGGCAAAACACAUUCGUAUAAUUUCAAAUGCAGUGCUGAAGCUUCAUGAACAACCGGUUUCUACAAACAAGCCUCGGUUUGCUACAUGAGGAAGAUUCUCAUUCUAGAGUAUUUUAUUGGACAUGAAACUGAGUGCAUCAGUUCAUUUUCCUGAAAGAGAACGUUGGAAGUUUUUAAAUGCAUAUGUAUCUGAUCAUUUUGGAGAUUUUUUUUUUAUAAGUACACCAGCAUAUAGCAAACAUACAUCGACUAAAAGCCACAAAUGGAGUCUUUGCUUGAGUCAGACUUGCAUUUGAGCCUUUCCAUACCUCUUUUUUUAUUAUGUAAGCAAACUUGUGAAACGUUAACUGGCCAAAUGCUUACCUGCCCAAGAUCAUAAGGUGGUGAAUCAGUACAUCAACGUUCAGAUGUGUGUCGUCCCGUAGCAGGUUGUUCUUCUCAUCUAUGCAUCCUCUCUGCGGCCAGCAAAAUCACAUAACUCUUACGGCUACUGAGAGACAAUUCAUCUAAACCUUUCCCCAUUUUCGAAAGCUGCUCUAAGCUGAUUUCACUGGCUGUGAGAUGAAGACACUGGGGCUGAGACCCGUGUUGAAGCUGUUUCUGAAUCAGCACAGAAAGAUUGUAUUAUGACUAUUAAAUGAAGCAGUAUCAUCACUGUAGACUCUUAAUGUGGUGGGUCUCUCUCUCUCUCUCUCCGUCUCUCUCGCUCUAUCACCUUCUCACACUGACCAUGUGAUCAUUGCCAUGUAUAUAAUCUAAAGAUGUAAAUAUUCUCUAUUUUUUGACUUAUCAUUAGCAGAACAUGUGUUCUUCAGGAUUUGAAACAGAACGAAGCUUUUUGGAAACUAUUUGCAUUUCUCUUUCCCUCUAUUUAUGUGUGAAUCUCAUGAAAACGGGCCAUAUUUCACCACAGCAUCAAAUGACAGAAUUGUAUUGCGCAUAUAGAAAAAUAAUCCUGGUUUUUGGAUAAUUAAGAUUUUUUUCUUUGUGACAUUUCAUGAUAACAAAGCUAAAUUUACUGCUAGUGCUGUAUGGAUAUUUUACAUUUGAUUUAGUUUGAAUUCCCAUAUUGUAUUGUAGAUUAUCAUUACUGUGUAUAAUACAUUAAAAAUUAAUAUAAUUGUUUAUAUAUAAAUUAGCAUAAAUCAGUGAGUACAUCAAACUGUACCAUUAUAUUACAAGUUUUUUUUUUUUUGCAAUUUUGGGAAUGAUUUUCUUUUUUUGCAGUUUUUCUGAUGAAAUGUCACAUUGCAAAAAACAAAACAACACACUCAAAACAGGCUAAAUAAUACAAUUUUGUGGUGAAAUUUCACCAGUUUUUGGCAUUUAUUUUUUUUGAGAUUCACUCGUAUAUUUCUCUGUAUCUCUAACUUUAGGACAACACACUCCUCAAAAAAAUAAAUAAAAAUAAAGUUCAUCUUUUUGCAUAAAAAAAAAAAACAUACAGUACCGCUGAUAUCGGCUCUGUUCCAUUUAGAUCUUUUCUUCAUCUGUUUACCUAUUUAUUUGUACUGAGUAUUUUUAGUUCAUUUGCUUUCUUUUCUGUGUUGAUGCUGUGUGGUUCGGUUGUGGAGAGCUAGUUGAUUGGCCAGCAGUUCCGGGUCAAAGGUUGUGGCAAAUGCUUAACUGUGCGUGUGAGCCUCUGCACUAUGCCAUUCGCUACACAGAUGCUCUUUACCAAUAAAACAUGGACAUUUUUGGCUUUAGAACUCUGACUGCGCGUCUUUAUGUAUGACUUUUAUUAAAGGUGUUGUAAACAAGAUAUUUUUGAAGUGUUGAAGAUUCUGUAAACAUCAACAAAGGGGUGUGGCCUGUGCAUUUUUUCAUAGCCAAUCAGUAACACUGUCUGCAUGUGACUUGUGUCUGUUUAGGGUGGGGCUUCAGAGAGGGGGUGUGGUCUAAUUUAGCAACAGUCUGGUGGAAGUUUGGAAAAUGGUAAAAUUGCUUACCGGAUUGUUGAUAUUCAAUCUAUCUUUCUGCAGAAGGAUUAAAUCAGUGGUUCUCAAAUGCUUAAUUUAAUAGCCAGAUUAUAUGUUGGACAUUGAGCUCAAUUAUUUAUCAUACAAGUUAAAAUAAGUCCUUAAAAUAAACAUAGAUUUUUUUUUUCAUAUAAAAAAACCUGGCUGAAUAGGAAAAUGCUUUGCUAUCCUAACUGCGCAUGUUUAUAGUUAGUUGCAUUUUAUUAUUUGCAUUCAACAGAUGUUAUCGUGACCUUGCAUCAAGAUGUUUUGAUUUUCAGUCACUAACAAUGUACAGUCAGUCGGUCAUUACAGCGUAAGCUGAUUUGAUCUUGUUUGUGAUAAUGACCGGAUGAUUGCACAUCAUCCCACUUAUUGCACAGCUACUUAAAGAAGUAAAUAAAUCUGAUUCAAGUAUAAACGAUUUCCUGUGAGAAGAGAGCGAUAUGAAGUGCGGUGAAAUAUAUUUUAAGAAUAUUCGGUGGCAGAAUGCAGUGACUGACCAAUCAGAAAACAAGUAUUCUGGAAAAUGGUGCACAUUUCAGGUCAAAAGUUUGGAACAGUUAUGAUUUCUUUAAUGUUUCUGAAAGAAGUCACUUGCGCUCGCAAAGGCUGCAUUUAUUUAAUCAAAAAUACAAUAAAAUUAUUACAAUUUGAAAUAACUGUUUUCUUUGUGAAUAUAUUGUUACAUGUAAUUUAUUCCUGUGAUCAAAGCUGAAUUUUCAGCAUCAUUACUCCGGUCUUCAGAAAUCAUUCUAAUAUGUUGAUUUGCUGCUCAAGAAACAUUUCUGAUUAUUAUCAGUGUUGAGGGAACAGUUCUGCUGCCCAGUAUUUUUGUGGAAACUUAUACAUUUUAUUGUUCAGGAUUAUUUAAUCAAUAUAAUGUUCAAAAGAUCCACAAAUAUUCGAAAUGGAAUCUUUUGUUGUAAAUGUCUUUACUGUCACGUUUGAUCAAUUUAAUGCAUCCUUAUUUUUUACUAUUUUAUUGUUAUUCAUUUGAUUAAAUCUUACCUACCCCAAACUUUUAAGCGUUUCACCGU